AUUUAUGCAAGAUAUAUCCCAUGGAUUUCAAAAGUCCCUCAGUUAUAUAUCAACCCAUCUAAUGCUUCAUUCAUAAUAUAAGUUACAUUCGGUUUCCCUCUCUCCUUCAGUAUCCUGUUCUAUCUAUUAUAAAUGCUUACACUCAUCCUCCUCCCCUUUUUCUUCCUCCCUUCCUUUCUGCUGUCCAAAAAAAGCAGCACACCGAGCACAGAUCUGAGGCCUGCGUUGCUCCAGUAAUAGCUGUCCUCAGUCAUCACAGGCAAACCACAAAACUGACUUCAGAACACAUGUUAGAUUUUACAACCUGACGCUCGCUAAUCCGAUUAGCACAGAAAUAGGAUUAGCCUCAAGGCAGAUGGCAGCACUUAGAUGGACUUGAGGAUUGAAUAUUGGGAGGAAGCAUUACACACAAAUACUGCACACUCAUGUAUGUUGCUGAAAUAAACGUACGCACACAAACACAAGAGUCAUUUCAAUUAAUAAUUUGACGCAGUUGUGAAUUCUUGGAAGGAUUUCGAUUGGAAAGAUGUCUGUUAGGACUGAGAUGAAAAAGGGCUGUGAGAGAAUGAGGGAGGAAAGGCUGAAGAGGGAUUAAAACUGCUGUCAUCCAAGCACAGGGCGGAGACACAUGUAGAGAGUCUGCAGGUUCUAGUGGACACCGGGAUCAAGAAUAGACGUUCCUUUACCAGAGGCCGAGGCUAAUUGGAGGGCCGACGGAUAUGGACCGGAGCUUCCUGAUUGGCUGAGUCUGAGUAGAGAAUAGCGAUGUCGCCAGUGGUGGACGAGACGGCCGGAGAUCUGCCAGUCAGAGAUGUGGGACUGAUGAGAGGGGGACUGAUGCCAACUGUCCCAGAUACUCUACGUGAUGUCAGAUCCUGGAAGAAGCAUCACGCCAUGAAGACAAAAGCAGAUCCUCAGCGCCUGUUUCGGUUUCCCAGGGAGCACCUGGAGGACCUUUGUCUCCGGCUGCAGGAGGAGAACAGCGUGCUGAGACAACACACUCGUACACAGGAGCAGAGGCUACGCAGGAUGUCCACGAGACUGAUGCGUCUCCGUCAGGCCCGACCUGGGUCCAGUGGUGUGAAGGAGAGAGACAUGGAGGACACCAUACAAGAACUGGAGGCCAGAGUGGCGAUGCUGGAGAGCCAGAAAGGAGCGCUGCAGAACAAACUCAGCCUGGCCAAGCAGCACAUCAUGGACCUGGGGGCUCGCACGCCGUACAAGUACAGUAAAGGUAAAAAUCUCGAAGUGGAGGGUGGCGUCAGGAGAGCAGCCCAGACUGCACCACCAAGAUAUGGCCCCACUCUGGAAGACACCAGGGCAGAGAUGGAGAGAUUCAGGUCCAGUGUGGCGGAGCAGGUGAGGAUGGCAGAGCUGGAGCUGACUGCUCAGGCGCUCAGGGACACUCUGAGGGAGAAAGAGAAGGAGAUUGAGGGAACCGUUCGGGAGAUGAGGAAACAGCAGUCUGACAGACACAGAAUAACUAUCAGAGAGAACGUGGAUCUAAUCCGUCUACAAAAGCAGCUUUCAGACAAGAGCGUUGCCCUGAGAGUCACCCAGGAGAAGUUCACUGACCUGCAAGAGGCUUAUGAACAUCAGUUAGAAGAGAGUCAGAGGUCGCUGAAGGAAAGCCAGGGAGCUCUGCUGGAGAAAGUGGAGGAGUUGACUGAACAACUGAAGCAGGAAAGACAGAGAGCUGUGGCACUGGAGGGACAACUUACCAGCACUACUCUGUCUCUGCAGACACUGGACCAGCUCCAGGAGAGGAUUUCAGAUGUGGAGGGAGAGAGGGAUCUGAUUAAAGAAAACUAUGACACUCUACUAGAGCGUACAUUAUCAGCCCAAAGCAACCAUGAUGGCCAGGCGAGAAAACCUAAAGAGGUGGACCAGAAGAGGGAGAUGGUGGAGGAAAACAUCGCCAGGAUGGAUAUCCAGAGACUGGAGGAAAUGCUGCAAGCAGAGAGGGAGGAGAGAGCCAGGCUGGAGAUGGAGAAGGAGAAACUGAGACAAGAUAAGGAAAUAUUAGAAGAGCAGAGGGAGCAAGAAAGAGGAGACAAGCAAGAGCAUCUGGAACGGGAGAUUCUUCAUUAUAGAGAGCAGGUCGCUGCUCUGCAGGACAGACUGGACUCCGUCACCAAGGAGUUUGAUAUGAGUGUGGAGGAUCUCAGUGAAACCCUUUUGCAGAUCAAGGCUUUUAGGAUGCAGCAGGAGAGCAGGGAGGGUCUGCACUUCCUCCUGGCUGAAGGGAACGUUGAAGAUCCGAGCCGUGAGCUGCUAAACAUCCAGGCAUCGCAUGCGGAGACUGUGCUGGAGUUACAGAAAACCAGAAACCUGCUAAUAGUGGAGCAUCGAAUCACUAAAGACCUGCAGGAAGAGUUAAAUACAGUGAACCAGAAGGUGGAACAAGAGCGAGAGGAGGACAGGAGGAGGAUGGUGGAGAAAGACAAACUUUUAUCAAAAAGAGCUCUACAGAUCAACACUCUACAAGCCCAGUUGAAAGAGUUGGCGUACAGACCGAGACACUACACACAGAACAUACCAACGCAGUACACCUGGCCAGCUGGAGAUCAGGAGGUGGUGCAGCCUGUUGAGGAUGACAUGUCAUUUUCUCAGCUGAGAGCCGGAGAGUCGCUGCUGGAAAUCCACCUCCAGGCUGCCACCUUCACCCCUGCAGGACUUCGCAUCAUGGGCAGCAUCCGUUCUGGAGCAAACAGAGGUGAAGACAUGGUGACCUUCUGCACCUACAGCCUGCUGGACUUUGAGGUCCACUCCACUCCUCUGGUGUCAGGAACUCAACCUCACUACGGUUUUACGUCCCGCUACGCUCUGACGCCCCGAGAUCUGGGCAGACUGGGAGGUCAGGGGUCAAGGGUCAGAGUGGAGCUUCACCAGGCCUUAGGAGGAGUCAGGUUUGUGACUCAUGGAAGUGGACAAAUGUCUGUCAUGGGUGCAAUGGAGAGGAGAGGAGAGCGUAUCGGUGGACGUGUCAAUAUCACAGGACAGGAGGGUGAAUUUGUUGGUGCUGUGGAUUUCUGGGUGCGCCUGUUCCCUCCUGCAGAGCCCAUGGACACUGUAGAGGAGAGCGGAGCUGAAAGGAAAACAGCAACACAGAAGAGUCCUCUGCAGACUUGUCUUGGCUGGCAAGACAGCAGUCAUGAGGAGUUACACGACUAUGGUGGAGGAAUCCCCAAUGAGUUGGUGGUAAUGUUGGAGCGCUGUGUGGGCCUUAAUGCUCGGUGGCCGGGUCUCCUCCCUGAUGCCUACCUGACCUACCGCUUCUACGACCUUCCACCUCACGUCUCCAGAACGGUCCAGUGUACCACUGAUCCGGUGUUCAAUGAUGCCAUCAGCUUCCCACUGGCAGUAACUGCUGAUGUGCUGCACUACCUCAGGUCUAGCAGUCUGUGGGUUUAUGUGUUUGAUGCCAGUGAUGAGCAAAUACCACCAGCAUAUCUGGCCAAGACCCCUGUCCCCCUGCGAGCCCUGGCUACAGGCAGGGAGAUAAGAGGUGAUUAUGUUCUGAGGGAUCCAGCCGGUGGACCUCGAGGCACGGUCAGAGUCAUGAUGAAAUGGAAAUACCCCUUCCAGCCACAGGUGGAUGGUUUGUCGGGUGAAGUUGGAAAAGGCAGGGCGAUGGAAAGCACUGAGAAGGAGGCUGACUCAUCACAGAAACCAAUAGCCAAACCCAGAGUAAAGACUCAGCAACCUGAGCCAAGAGAAACCAAAGCUGUGCAGAAAGAAAUAAAAUCCUGGCCUCGACCUCCAUCUGUCAAACAGAAAAGCUCACAGGACCUCCGACCAGAGAAAAUCACCUUAGUGAAACCACCGUCUACAGACAGAAAGAGAUCUACAAAGAGGUCACCUGAACUUCACCAGAGAACACCUCACCUGACACCUGAGCCCAGACUGACCACGCCCUCUUAUUUACCAACUACCAGAUCUUCAGAGGGAACGUCUUCCAGACAAUCACCAACGACACCAUCGAGGAGAAGCUCUGCAAGUGAUGCCAGGACUCAGGAGUUUCCCUCUGUGGAUCAGGUGUCAGUGGUUGAAGAAGGUGAAGAAGAGGAGAAGAGCGGGAGUGCUGCUGCAGGAGACAGUGACGCCCCAGAAUCUUCAAGGUCAAGUUCCUCACAAAGCGACAUUAUCGUCAUUUCACCUAAGAGAAAAAUGAGGAAGGGAGACAAGCUCAGAGUUGAGAUUCUGUCUCUGACAUUUGAACCAUCCUCACAUGUGGCGAUGGAUGAGUCGGUACAACGUGUUUAUGUGGAAUAUCGGCUGCUGGGUGUCCCGAUGGAGACCACGGAAACACCGAUGUCCCUCCGCAAACCCACCACGGGGGAGGAGAUUCACUACAACUUCACACGAGUGAUCUAUGUGGAUGGUUCCCAGUCUGCUCCACUCAGGCAGUAUCUUUACACCAUGCUGGAGGGCACUGACCCCAACCAGGGCAGGUUAAAGUUCACAGUAGUCAGUGAGCCGAUGGAUGAUGAGGAGGAGUGUGUGGACGUUGGACAUGCUUUCCUGGACCUGAAGGAACUACUGCUCACUGGAAAUGAUGUCAUUGAGCAACAAAUCGACAUUUUGAGUCUGGAUGAAGACAAGGAAGUGAUAGGAAAUCUGAAAGUGUCUCUGGAAGCGGCCAAAGUGUUGACCGGAAUAUACCAGGAGUUUCACCAGAAAGACAAGAAAGAAGAGAAGACAGAUGAAGAUGAGUCUCAAGAGGAGGAAGAGGAGAAGAAAAAAGACCAGAUUCAAAUGAUAGAUUACGAUGAUGACAGCGACUUUUACUGAAUGUAAAAAUGAAUGGAGCAGUCUUAAGCACAAGGAGGAGUCUUUCUUUAUCUGUUUGUAGCCUCUUUAAGAUUUUAAAAAGCAAAGAAAUAAAGAGUCACUUUUGAAAGACAUAA